AUGACCGAGGAUUUCCCUUUGGGAGAUCUUCAGUCUUUCAUCAUGGCCAAUGGGUUCAUACGAGAAGGUGAAGCAAGAAAAAUCAUGCGUCAAAUAUGCAAUGGUCUAGGGCUCCUACAUAUGAGAGGUCUAGCCCAUGGUGAUUUGCAAUUGCGUCAUGUCACUAUCGUCCAUCUUCCCGAGAAAAACACAGAGUGGCGUGUCAAAAUUGGGGGAUACAGACUUCAUUACCCGACGGUCCCCAUCAGCAACGGCAGUCCCGAAGAUUUCAUUAACACUGUUGCCCAUUCAGACCUUUCCUUCCUAUCCCCAGAGGUGGUAGGGGGUUAUACUCUGAGGAAAUCUUCAACCUUUGAUGGACUGAAUGGUAUAAAAGCACUCGACGUUUGGGCAGCAGGAGAGCUUGCUGCUCACAUGCUGACCGGAAGUCCAACAUUUGGCCUGGAUUUUCAGAAGCUAUUUGACUAUAAGGCCGGAAUAAUCUCGUUUCCAACCAAGAAGUUGGAUCAAGCAAUGGUUUCAGCAUUUGGCAAAAGAUUCAUUGCGACAUUGAUGCACCCAGACCCAUUGAUGCGCCCAGUGCUUCCUCUUGACCCAAGGCAAGACGCCAUUGCAGAAUGGAUUGAACCGGCCAACUGCUGGGAAGCAAAGGAACUGAAGGCAGUUCCACAAGCGACACUCUAUCACAACAAAAUCCUACCUCCUUUGAUGCAUUACACACCUGACGGAAGUAAGCUGGUAAUGAUAGACCCCCACGCCAUUACCAUUCGAACAAGUUCGUCCGGAUUCAUUGGCAGCUGGAUCUACAAAAACGACCGGCAUGCCGCAUACCACGCUUCGGCUAUUUCAUCCUGCGGUAAGCGGCUGGCAGUAUACGACGCAGAGUCCCAUGCCAUCAAGAUAUUCGACCUUUCAAAGAGGAGAAACACUGGGCCUUCCAUCUCCUACCCCAUUUCUGAGGCACUCAUUAUUCCACCGGGGUCCGAUGGGGAAUUGGCGCAAUUUCAACAGCCCCAAACAAUCCUCAACUUCCACCCUACCGGUUCUACACUUCUUUCCGCCUCCCCCUGCACCUUCGCUACCCUUGAUCUCUCUCUUCUUCCAAAUCCUGCCAAUCCCCUCCCGUACCAAGCCACGAUUGACUCCCGAGAAGAACCGAUUGUUAACGCUUGCUAUGCCCAUGAUGGCCUCGCAAUAGUCGUGUCCCAUAGGAACUAUACAACCUUUACAUCGCUCUCAAAUGGGCGAUUUACCCGUAGGGUGGCGCAUCCUGUCCCCGCUCGCGUUAUAGCUAUUGCACCUGAUGGACACCGCGUCAUCUUGGGGUCAAAGGAUGGGGAUAUCUGGUCUCUUUCCACUUCAUCACUCAUCGAGUCAAAGGAAGGCUUUUGGGUACCUGUCUGGCGAGGGGUAUACGGUUAUCCUGUCGACUCCAUUGAUAUCGCUCCGUCCCCCAUGCCAUCAACUCGAGAAGGGACUACUAGUGCCAACGCAGUUACGGUAGCGGUUGUUAGUGGGGAGAAAUUGACUCUUCUGUCUCUCGGCGACGAUCAAGUCGAUUGCUGCUUGGGAUGGGUUGAGUUCAAGAAACGGAAAGCGCUGAUAGCAAGGAUCAAGCCCCAAACGGACAGGGAAGACCAUCUGGAGAUUGCGCUAUGGAGUGGAGGCGAAAGCAGGAUUACCUUUUUGAAGUUGGAUGGGUUUUAUGAAAAGGGCGCCAAUAACAACACGGAUACUGCGGAAGAGCAGGAAAGCGAGCGCAAGGAUAUGCUCACAAGUACCGGAGGGAUCUUGAUUUGCGAAGGUGAGAUUGAGGUCGGCGGCGCGAGUGAGGGGGAGGAGGACGAUGAAGAAGACGACGAAGUGAAAGAUGAGGAAGAGAAAGAUGACGAAAGGGCAAAUGAUGGUGAGGAAGACGGCGAAGAGGAAGACGACGAAGUGAAAGAUGAGGAAGAGGAAGAUGAGAAUGAAAUUGAGGAGAAUGAAAUUGGGGAGGAUGAAGAAUCCAGUAGUUCUGGUUGUGGGAGUUGGAUUCUUGAUGGCUACCGUGAUGAGUAG